AUGGCAUUUUCAAGAUUCGCUGCCCUGCGUUCCAGCAUCCGAGCUGCCCGACCAACUGCCGCAAGGCCUCAGCUGUUCCGUCAAGUCGUUCGACGUGGAUACGCCAGUGGUAGCCAUGAGCCUGCAAAGGCCAGUGGUGAUGCUCUCUGGGCCGCCACAGCUGUGGCUGUAACUAUUCCGUCCUGUUGGUGGAUCCUGUCCAAAGCUCCGGAUGCUUCUCACGGUCACGGCGGUCACGGUGGUGAGCACGGAGAGGUGCAUGGAGAGGAGCACAAGGAGGAAGCCGAAGACAAAGCCGAGAAGUCUGAGGACAAGCCCGAGGAGAAACCCGACGAAGCAGAGGCAAAGUCUGAUGACAGUGGCAAGUCCGAGGAUUCGGACAGUGAUGAUGACAAGGAGGAGUCUAAUACUCCUGAAACCUCCGAUGAUGAAGGCGAGGAGAAAUUUUCUGCCGAUGGCAAGAACACGAAAACUAUUGUUCCUGAUGCUAAGGGUGGUAACAAAAAGAGACUAGAGAGCAACAAGGGUAUCAAAGCUGGGGAGACUGACUCGGAGGAUUCGUCUGACAAGGCUGCUGCAUCUAAGCCUGUUGGAGACAAGAACUCUCAAACGAGCAAGCAGGAGGGUCUUACCAACACGGAUACAAAGCACAGCACUGAUAUCACCAAUGACCCAACCAAGUCCAAGAAGGGAGAGGGUGCGCCCGACACAGCCAAAGUCAAGGGAACGGUGGACCCCAACCGCCCACAAGUAUGA